GUGCUGUGAGUUCUGUUUGACUGUGCUGCUCACAUUAAUGAUGGUCUGUGUGAUUCUCAAUCUUUUGUUUUUAACUUUAAGCCUCUGUUUUCUUACUUUUAUAAAAGCAGAAAAUGUCAAUGUGCAAGAAAAGCUGUUUUUAAGUUCGAUGGGUCUCUCGAGUCGACCGAAACCAUCACAUCAGGCUCCGGUGCCGUCUCUGCUGUGGAAAAUGUUCAAGAAGGGCAGCAAACAGGCUUCGACGUCAGAGACCGAUCCAUGUGUGGUGUCUGAGUAUGGAGUCCGAGGAAAUAUCGUGCGGUUCAUCCAGGAUCAAGGUAGUCUGAUAUCUGCUCCGGCCGUCCACUGCUUUAAUUGUGUGAGAAAGCAUCUGUUUUUCAACAUGUCGGUGCUGGAGGAUGUUGAGCAACUCUCUUUUGCGCAGCUGGAAAUGAAGUUCAAACAGGAUCUGGCUCACCUGGGACCGCAUGUUUUCAGCGUGGACCUGUACAGAGUUUUAAGGACCACGCUGAAGGGAGUGACUCAUGAGUCCAGCCGUAAAUUACUCCUGUCUCAGUCGCUCGGGCCUGGUGCGCACACUUCUGUGCAUGUCAAUCUGACCGAACUGGCCGAAACCUGGAGAAAACCAGGUAAGAACUACGGUUUGCAAAUUGAGCUGCAGCUUACGCGCUUCAGCAACAUGCUUCAGGAGCAUACAUAUGUGAAAAGCCCACAUUCAGCUGUCCAAAUGGCUCAAAUCCCAGAGUUGCACGCUUCUCUGGUGGUGGUGUCGUUGAAUCCGCUUCAAUGCAGGUCCAGAAGAAAGCGAAGUGCGGCAUAUUACUUACCUGUGACCCCCAGUAACGUGUGCAAACCCAGAAGGCUUUACAUUGACUUCAAAGACGUUGGCUGGCAGGACUGGAUCAUUGCGCCUCAGGGAUAUUUGGCCAAUUACUGCCAUGGAGAGUGUCCUUUCCCUCUGAGUGAAAGUUUGAACGGGACCAACCACGCCAUCCUGCAGACGCUGGUCCAUUCAUUUGAUCCUAAAGGGACGCCUCAGCCCUGCUGCGUUCCCAUCAAACUGUCCCCCAUCUCUAUGCUCUAUUAUGACAAUAAUGAUAAUGUGGUUCUGAGACAUUAUGAAGACAUGGUGGUGGAUGAGUGUGGAUGCAGAUGAACUUAAAUUUAUUUUAAAUGCAUACAUAUUAAAAUGGUGAUUUUAUACUUGAGGAAUUUAAGACACGGUGGGAAAAUGUGGAUGAAGACUGACUUGUUAAAAAUAAAAUUCAUUUUAUUAUAA